AUGAACCACAAUGCACUGCUUGCUAACAGAAUUGCCGCUACAGUAGUAAAGCAUUUCAACGAGGCGCCCGCCAAAGCUGGAAAACCAGUCAUUCGUGCCAAUGGCGUUCCCGAAUGGACAGUACUAGCAGGUCUAGUAACACUAGAAGGCGAUAAGAUCGAGGUGAUCUCUGUUGCCACUGGGGUAAAGGCACUACCAGACGACACAAGAAGGUAUUCGAAGGGCUGGAUGGUCCACGACAUGCACGCCGAGAUCCUCUGUCUUCGAAUGUUGAACUAUGUGGUGACUGAGGAUGUGUUGAAUGAGAGGCAGGGAAAGGAUAUGCUUUUGUUGGAGAGGGGAGAGAAGAUGUUCCGAUUGAGGAAAGACCUCAAGCUUUGCCUAUAUGUCAGCGAACCGCCGUGUGGCGACGCGUCUAUGAGCUAUGUGGCACAGGGUAGAGAAGCCUGGGAGGAACCUCCAUCAAAAAAGACCAAAAUCGAACAACUGGGACUCCACAGAGGCCGUGAAAGCUUCGAUGUUUUGGGCGUGGUUCGAACCAAACCAGGCAGAGCCGACAGCAAGGUGACGCUAUCGAAAUCGUGCUCCGAUAAGCUUUGUCUUAGGCAGGAGACUGGGGUCCUCAAUUCGAUCAACUCGGCGUUUGUGGAGCCCAUAUACCUUGAUUUUCUUGCUCUUCCCGAAGCCAAGUUCCAGCAGGCCGACUUUGACCGCUGUUUUGGCAGAAUUGACCCGAAAAACGGCGUAUCUCUCCAGCCAUUGCUAUACACCGAGGACCCAUACACGUUUCACAAGUCAGAAAAGGCUGUUCCGUCGCCAUUGAGCCUUGUUAUUUGUCCUCCGCUCGAAAUCAGCCAGGCCUUACUGAACGGAGCCAAAAACGGCGGUUUCAUCAAAAACAAGCCACCCAAACCCCACGGCGCCAGCAUCCUCUGCAACCAGAAGCUAAUACAAAAAGCAAGGCCCUUACUCCAAGAGAUAAAUUUUCCAACUGGAGACCUGCCGGAAUCCUAUUGUGCCCUCAAAGAUAGCAACCCUCAGAAAGACCUCAAGAACCACCUCCACAGCCUCCUCGGCUGGACCAGAACUACACCAGACAACUUUGCUCUCUAA